GAGCUUCAGGCCGAUUCCUCGGCUUUCAUCUGACAGUCCAUCUUUCUGCACGUACGGAUACAAAGGUGACAAUCCCAGCCCAGUGCGACUGUCAAUCUUGCCCCAGCCCUUUGGAGGCUGUCUAUCACCUGCAGCGCCCCGAGGCUCCGGUUUCUGUCGCCUCUAUACGAAUGCGCACUGCACGAUACCUUUGUCAAGACUGAACCCAAGCGCCUUUGAUUUACUGCAGCACGCAUCGUGUUGGGAAAGAAAUCGCAUCGGAGGCAAUCUGCAAAGAUGGAGAAGGACGGUAGCGCAGCCAGCGCCGGCAAUGCCGAGGCGAAACCCGUGGUACCGCCAGUGGAAGAGACGAAGCCUACAACUGUUGUUGAGGAUGUUCCUGAUCCCGAUGAAGACGAUUUGGACGACUUGGAUGGUGCGCCAGCCAUACGGAACCCUCUGCCAGGCCUUGGAAUACACUGACUCUGCUAGACAUGCUCGACGACUUUGCUGCCGUGAAUAUGGAACCGAAGAGAGCAGCACAACCUGCUGCGUCAGCUACGAAGACCACUGCGGCUGGGCCAGGUAGACCCGCGACAGCUGUGGAAGACGAUUCGGAAGACAAGACACUAGAAGAGAUGCUGUCUUCCGACGAUUUUGCUAAGCAACUUCAAGCUGGCAUGGCUGACCUGAUUGGAGAAUUUGAGAAGAAUCCCGAGAUGCAAGCGCAAUUUGACAGCGUGUUCAAGCAGAUUAGUGAGGCUGCGCAAGGAACGGAAACCUCUUCCGAAGGCGUGACCGGAGCAAAAGCGCCACCGCCGCCAGCGUCACCUUCAUCUUCAGGCAAAGCUCCCGUUUCCGACCCCAUUGCCGACGGUUCCUUCCAGGAGACUAUCAAGAAAACCAUGGAACGCAUGCAAGCAUCGGGACAACAAGCGACUGCAGCCGCGGCAGAGUCAUCCACCGAAGAUUUCCUCGCAGAGAUGAUGAAGCAGCUCGGCGAGGGCAACCUCGAAGGCGGCGGUGGCAAUGAGGAGGAGUUCUCAAAGAUGCUCAUGGGCAUGAUGGAGCAGCUCACUAACAAAGAAAUUCUGUACGAGCCCAUGAAGGAGCUCAACGACAAGUUUCCCGAGUGGUUAGCAAAGAACAAGGAAAAGACGCCAGCAGAGGAUCUCAAGCGGUACGAGGAGCAACAAGCGCUAGUCAAGGAGAUCGUAGCCAAGUUCGAGGAAAAGACGUACGCCGAUUCUAACGCGGCGGACAGAGAAUACAUUGUGGACAGGAUGCAAAAGGUUGAAACCCCUUCCAAAUCUGGAUUUUCACGCGCUAAUAGGAGACAGAUGCAAGCUGCCGGCUCACCCCCGUCUGAUUUGGUUGGUGAUAUGCCAUCGGCGCAAGAAGCUUUCAGUGCAGACGAGGGCUGUAAUCCCCAAUAAUUGGACAUUCAGAUGGAAGUCCUGGCAAAUAUGUUCCUACACAACCGAUGCCUUGCUCCGUGAGUUUGCAUAUACACAGGAGCCAUGGCGUAUUCCGACCGCCGUUUAAUGCCAAACGCCAAGCAGCAAUCCCCAGAUCCCAAAGCCAAAUAGUCUCGUAUAAACGCCACAAAGCAAAUAG